UCCCUUCCAUUCUCAAACAAGCCAGUGACCACCACCAAGCAAGCAACCAUGGCGUCGUCGCCUCCCUCCGAUGAAUCUGAUCCGUGGGUCAUCCUCCGCACCGUGCCGCGCGUCGCCGUCCACACCUGGGACCGCGACCUCUCCUUCGACCUCGUCGACCCGCCGCGCCUCAGCUUCCUCACCGUCUCCACCCGCGUCUCCCCCGCGCGCCCGCGGGGCACCACCAGCAGCGUCAUCAGGCUCCCCCGCAUCGUCUCCGCCGACCUCUCCGCCAGCCUCUUCCUCACCCUCACGCCGACGCCGCACCCGACCGCGUCCAGUUCCAGCGCCGCAACGGACAUCUGCUGCUUCGUCCUCGACGCCGCCUCUUCCACGUCCCACCGCGUCCCCGACCCUGCCCCCGGCUUCGCUCGGUCUCCGUUCGGCAUCAUCGCCGCGCCGGACGGCGCCAGCUUCAUGGUCGUCGGCCUCCGGUGCCCGAUCGGCAACGACAGGGGCUCGCUGCACUGCUUCUCGUCCCGGACUGGCGGCUGGGUCACCAAGGACGUCAACAACCCGCGCCCGCACCGCACCUGGACCUUCAGCGACGUCAUCGCCCACGACGGCAAGCUCUGGUGGGUCGACUCCACCCCCUCCACCACCAAGGGGCUCCUCUACUGCGACCCCUUCGCCGACCAACCGAGCAUGUCCUUCGUCCCCUUCCCGACCCACGUCACCGCCGUCGAAGCCAGAGCCAAAGCCACAGCCUACGACUACGUGCAGGUCGCCGACGGCAAGCUCCGCUGGGUCCAUGUGUUAUGUGAUCUUGACGAGACGGUGGACGAGGCUCCGGUUCUGAAUGGCGCGCCCCUCCUCUCCAUCUAUGCGCUCCUUGGUGGCGUCGACGGCGGCGGCGGCGGCUACCGGUUGGAUUUCGAGUUGCUUCCGCACUGGCGCGGCGAUUUCUCCUUCUGCUUCAUCUGGGAGUCCGACACCUUCAAGGCGGCUGAGAUGCCCAAGGUCGAGCAACCCGUGCUCGCGCUCAUCGACCCCAACGACACCGACCUCCUCUACUUCUUCCUCGGCGGCUACAUCUUCGGCUUCGACAUCUUUAAGCGUGUGGUGCUGGGGUACGCACCGCACGGUAUCGCCGAUCCCCACGCCUCUUCUUCGUCCUCCCUUCUCGCUUGGAAGCUGCCGCCCGCGCUCGCCGCACCCGCUGCCCGCAGGUUUGGCGGCAGGCCUCUUAACAAUGGUGGUGCAAAUUAAGGAAGACUAAAUCGUCUGCGGGCAGCCGGCUGGGUAGAGGAUUAAUCUGAGGACUGCAAAGUAAGAGUACAUCUUCAAUUGCUUGAAAGCACGCCAGGAGAGGAUGCUAUGAUCUUUCUGAUGAUAAUACGAUGGAUCGCUAGCUUGAUGUUUCUUUAUCUGUUUGUUAGAUAGACGAUGAGCAGUUUUGUGCAAAGGAACGCACGCACGCACGUUUGGGUUUAGUUUUUGAGAUGAGGCAAUGUACGUCGUACUGAUAGAUGAUGCAUGGUGCAGUUCCUGCUUUAUUUCUUCGAUAGUUCGAUUGUGAGUCCUAGUAGAGUAGUAGAAUAUAUAUGCUAUAGAGUGAGACAAGUCUGCCGGGCCAGGCCUGUCCAUGCUUCGUGUUGGGUUGCAUGGCCCAUGCCAAUCGUAGAAACAUUUGCA